ACGUGACGAGCGUCAAGUGCGUGAGCGACUGCAUGGGGAUGAACUAUGUGCAGGGACCGGACUGCGAUUCCAUCAUGGAGAAAUGGGUGUGCUACGCUGACGUGUGUGACCAGUGUUGGCGCAAGAUGUUCUACAGUGACUACCACUGGCCCAUACAGGAGGCUAGCAUGUGUGAGCGCACGCAGGGACCGCCCUACCCCUGCCUCUCUGCCGCCCAGUUGAAUGCCUCCUGCCCUGCUUGCCUGUCAUACAAGCUGCCCACUCGAACAUGCUUUGUUCCAGAUUCCUAUUGCCCUAACCGUGGCUCUUCCGCACAAUCGCUACACCAUCCCCCCGCCGCCUUCACUCCGGACUCUUCUCACGCGUUCUCCGCCGCGAUACCCGGCGCCAGCUCAUCGACCGCGGAUUUCGCGCGCCUCCAGCCCCCCUCCGCCGACCCGCGCUCCCGCUCCCCCUCCCGCUCCCGCUCCUCCUCCUCCUCCGCCUCCUCAUCCAGCACAUUCAGCUUCGCCGCGGCUCGGGGCUUCUUCAGCGGCCGACUCGGCACGCUCUCGCGGAGUCAUAACGACCCGCAUCAUUCCACGGACGCGACCCGACCGUUUCCUGACGCGGGUGGAGUCGCGGAAAGCAACGGCGGCGGAGGCGGCGGUGCGGCGGAGGCCGCCAGAGAGGAGAACGAGGUGCGGGGAUGGCGGUCGUCGGUGUUCGCGCCGCUGCUGCUGCGCCCCGCGCUGCGGAGGCGCGCAGCGAUGCGCGGGGUGGAAGAAGGGGAGGAAGGGGAAGAGGGGGGAGAUGACCGCGACGCGAGCGAGGAAGCUUCUCUCGUUCCGCACGUGUGUGACUCAGCGUGCUCCGCGGCGCGCGGAUGCCCGAGGCUGCGCGGAAUCGCCUCCGAUAGUAGCGUCGCUGGCGGCACACACGCGCUGUCCGCGUGGGAGGCGGAGGAGCGCGAGCGGGAGCGGGCGCUAGAAGCGGCGGAAGCGGCGGACGGGGAGGCGGAGCGCGCGGAGGACGAAGAGGACGAGUACUGGGGGGUUCCGGGCGUCUCUAUAUUCGAUAGUCCCCCCCCCGAAGCCAUGCACGCGCCCAUAGGGUUAGGGGGAGGCGGGGGGAGGCGGACGACGGGGGAGGCGGAGUGGGGGAGCGGGUGCCCGCGGUUCCUGCAGGGGCUGCGCGAAACGGGGGGAGACUGGUGGCAGGAGAGGCAGCUGCGUUGGCGGAAGAGGAGGCGGGAGGGGGAGGAGGGAGGGGGUGGGGGGGAAGGGGGUGGGGAGGAAGGGGAGCGCGCAGGGCAAACAACCAGCGGGCGCAGCAGCAUCAGUGCUUUCGGCAGUGGCGGUGGCGGCGGCGGCGGCGGCGGUGGCGGCAGCGGCAGCGUCAAGCCCAGCAUCGCCAGCAGCAUGAGCGCCACGAGCAGCACCAGCUUCACCAGCACGAAAACCUUCCGCUACCCCACCAGCGCAUCCCAGGCGUUCCCCCGCGGCGCAUCCUCUUCCCCUUACCCCAAGUCUUCCACUGCGGGCGGAGGAGGAGGAGCGGGGAGAGUAGCAGCAGCAGGCAGCAGCAGCGGCACGACCAGCAGCAGCAUCACGGAGUGGGGGCGGCAGCGGUGGUGGUUCGGGCGGGUGAUUGACCCGCGGAGCCCGGCUAUGAAGCACUGGUCGCGCUUCUACGCAGGAGUCACGUCCCUCUCUCUCUUCUCCGACCCCUGCUUUCUCUACAUGCUCUCUUUCUCUAGCGACUCCUCCUGCCUCUACAUCCAGGGCCCGUUUGUGAUAAUCAUGGCUUCCAUCCGCACGCUCUGCGACAUAUUCUACCUCGUCAACUCGUGCCUCACGCUGCGCACGGCUUAUGUCUCCCGCGAGAGCAUGAUACUGGGGAGAGGGGAGUUGAUCACGACGGCUAGAGCGGUCGCCGUGCAUCAUCUCACGUCCUGGAGCGGGCUGUUUCUAGAUAUUAUCGUGGUUCUGCCGAUCCCGCAGGUGCUUUGUCUAAUCGCAGUGCCGUAUUUCCUUCUGCAAGCCAGCGAAGGCGAGUAUGGAUACGUGGAGGAGGGGAUCGGAAUCAUGCUCUCCUUCAUGCUGCUUCAGUACUGCGUGAAGGUGUAUCACACCUAUGCGGUGGCGCGGCGGCAGCAGAGGGUCAACGGGUACGUCUUCGGCACCUCCUGGUGGGGCUUCGUGCUAAACAUGCUUGUGUUUCUCAUCACUGCACAUGGAUUCGGAGGGCUUUGGUACGUCCAGACGGUCCAAUCAGCCAUUCAGUGUCUGAUAGAGCAGUGCAACGACUCCCAACCCACCUGCACGCACGACUGGCUCACCUGCCCAGAGCAGCUUGCAUGGGGGGACAUGCCGCCGCCGCAGGACAACGCGCAGGCAGCCUGGGGUGGCAGCACCAACGUCACGGACAACUGCUUCCCGCCGUUCGGCACCACAGGAAGCUACAACUACGGGAUAUACGACUUUGCAGUGCAGCUGCUGAAGGAGCAGGGGCCGCCGGAGAAGAUCAUGUACGGGAUUUUCUUCGGAAUCAUGACUCUUGCGACGUUCGGGAAUGCACUCGUGCCGACGGCGAGUAUCGGGCAGUCAGUGUUUUCGCUGAUCAUGGUGAUAUGCGGCUUGCUGCUGUUCACGUCUCUCAUUGGGAACAUCGAGGUGUUUCUGCACUCCAUGACCGCUCGCAUGGAGGAUAUGCAUUUGAGAAGGCGAGACCUGGACUGGUGGAUGCAGCGGCGACAGCUCCCCACGGAUCUCCAGAUGAAGGUGCGGAGACAGGAGCGGCAUACCUUCGCAUCAACCCGAGGACUGCACGAGGAGGAGUUGCUAGAUGGCCUACCGGACAGUCUUCAGAGGGAUGUGAGACGGCACUUGUGCCGGGGGCUGGUGCGGAGAGUGCCGCUGUUUGAGGCUGUGGACGAGGCUGUGGUGGAUAAUAUAUGCGCGAAACUGCGCUCCGUGGUGCUUAUAGCGGGGACACAGGUGGCCAGGCGGGGAGAGCCGGUAGAGGAGAUGUUGUUCAUAGCCCGGGGGUUCCUGAGAGGGUCCCGGGAUGAUACAGAUGCAGCCGCCGCUGCUGCUGCUGCUGCCGCUGGUGGUGCUGGUGCUGGUGCUGGUGGGAAGGGCUUGCGGGGGAGCAAGCGGCAUGGUGCUGGGGAUGCGAGCGGUAGCAGCGUACAGAGCAGCAGUAGCCGCGUGGGGGGGGCAGGGUUUUCUUCCUUUACCAGCGGCUCACAUGGGAUUCAUUCGAUGAGCUUUCGCUUGCCCUCUGCUGUGCGGUCUCUUGGGCUCCGAUCCGCCUCUUCCCAUGUGUCCACCCAUGCGUCCUCUCACAUGUCCUCUCACAUGUCCUCUCACAUGUCCACUUCGGCCGCUUCUGCUGCGUCUUCAUCCAAUGCAUCGCUCUCUGCCUUUACUGCCAUCCCCAAGCUGCCUCCAAUCGUCACCCCUCCUGCUGGUGGUGCUGGUGCUGCUGGUGGUGCUGCUGGUGGUGCUGCUGGUGGUGCUGGUACUGCUGGUGGUUCUGCUGGUGGUGCUGCUGGUGGUGCUGCUGCUGGUGCUGCUGGUGGUGCUGCAACAGCCCAAGGAGCAACAGGCACUCUGGUUACCCGCGCCCCCAGCCCUCCAGUCAUCUCCAGGCCUAAAGUCCCAGCGUUUGCACGCGCAGCAGCGGCCGCAGCGAGAGGAGAUGCAAGCGCAGCAGGUGUGGCAGGAGCGGCAGCAGCGACUGCAGCUGCUGGUAUCGCUCCCAACAACCCAUACCGCCACCGUCCGCACCGGUACCCCCGCUUCCCUUACGGCUCGAACAAUGUCAACGACUCUGCUUCUGGUACUGAUGCUGCUGCUGGUGCUGCUGCUGCUGCUGCUGGUUCUGCUGCUGCAGGUCAUGGUGUGAAUUUCGGGCUUUAUUCCGAGAGCGCGUGUGAGAUGGGUCCAGGGCAUUUCUCAGGAGAAGAGCUGCUCUCUUGGGCACUCUCCCGAGAGCCAGACGAAGCCUUGCUUCCCAAGGCCACUAUGACUCUAACCGCUGUGACUGUAGUGGAGGCUUUCAGCCUCUCUGCGGCUGAUUUGUGCUUCAUAGCGUCACACUUCCGGUUCCAGUUGAGAGAUAAGAAGCUGAGAGCGCUGAUAAAGUAUUACUCACCGCACUGGAGGACUUGGGCUGCUGUUACCAUCCAGCUUGCGUGGCGGCGGCGGCAGGCGGAGCGAGGAGCGGUGGUGAGGUAUGUGGAAGGAGGGCGGGAGGUUCGAAGGGGUGGAGAGGGGUCUGGAAGAGGCAGGAUGCGGGAGGCUGGAGGGCCUGGGAUGAGGGGAGCGGGAGGGGAAGUGGUGGUAGGGUUGGGAAGAGUGGGAGAAGGAGUUGGGGAGGGCGAGGAUGGGGUAGAGGAGGAGAUCGAGAUGAUUGAACCUGUGUCUGUUAAAGGAAAGGACACCAGGGGAGGAGCCACAUCAGGGAAAGGGAGGGGCAAUGAGCAGCAGCAACAGCAGCAGCAGAAGCAGAAGCAGAAGCAGCAGCAGCAGCAGCAGCAGCAGGAGCAUAGAGCUGCUACUGCGCCUACUGCUGGUAGGGGGCACGCGGAGUGGAAAGGGGUGGAGGAGGGAUGGUGGAGUGGGGGAUAA